AUGGAAAGCAAAAGUGAAGUUAACGACAUUAUUUCGACAAAUGGAAAAAGAAAACACGAUGGUAGUGAUAGUCAUAGUGAUAGUGACUUCGAUGAAAUAAUUUUUCCACUCCGAAACCGGCGAAGAAUUUUAUCUGAUGACGAGAAAGAAUACAUAAAUGAAGAUUGUGAAAUUGAUCUUAUUCCUAAUGAAUGGGUAUGGAAAGAUACCGAAAAUAUAACUAAAAUUUGGAAAUAUUCACGAACUUCGAAAAUAAAUAUACCUUUUGGGCAAAGUGUCACAGUUUUACAAAUGAUAAAUGAAAUACUAACGGAAGACUUUUGGCAAAUUAUCGUAACUGAAACGAAUCGUUACGCGAGCCAGAUACUCCGAAAUAAAACUCACAAAUUAAAAAAAUAUGAAGAUAAUUGGAGAGAUACAAAUCUUGACGAAAUAAAAGCAUAUUUUGCUUUAUGCAUUCUGAUGUCGCAAGUGAAGAAAAACAGUCUUCAAUCUUAUUGGUCGAAAAGAAGUAUAAUCGAAACUCCGAUAUUUCGAAAAAUAAUGCCAUUUUGGAGAUUUUCCCAGUUAUCGCGCUUUUUACACUUUAGUAACAACGAUGUUGAAGACCACAAUAAUGAUCGUUUAUGGAAAUUGAGAAGUAUAAUCGAUUAUUUCAAUGAAAAAUUUAAGACUAUUUACACUCCCGAGGAAGAUCUAUCAUUAGACGAAUCACUAAUGAAAUAUACAGGCCGUAUGGCAUAUAAACAGUAUAACCCAUCGAAAAGGGCCCGCUUUGGAGUAAAAUUUUAUAAACUGUGCAAAUCAAAAUCUGGAUACUGCAUUCAAUUCAAGAUAUACACAGGUCAGGAUAUAAAUAAAAAUGCUGACACAAGUGCAUCGGAAAGUGUUACAAUGUUUAUGUGCACAACAAUAUCUGGUUACGGUCACACUCUGUUUCUCGACAAUUAA